GCGGCGGCCCCGCCGGCCGAGGCGGGAGAGGAGCCGCUCCUCAGGGGCAUCUUCGAGAUCAGCAAGAGGAGCUGCGACGUGGUGCUGAGCGCCCGGCGGCUCCGUUGGAGCCCCAUCCUGCCCGAGAGCCCCACAGAUAAGGCGAUGCUCUGCUUUAUUCAUCUCCCGUGCCUGCCUGGCGAGUGAGGGACUGGGUGGCUGGGUGCUUGCCCGAUUCUGCAUCAUCAGGCAGUUGGCACACCAGCAACGAGCCAGACGUAGCUGGUGCUGAUAUUUUGGCUGCGGAACAGGCCAAUUGAAGAAAGAUAGGUAGGAAUCGAGGAGCGAUCAAGAAUACUGCCGUGGGGAAACACAUACAAAAUCUGAUGAAUAGCUUGGCCACCUGAAAUCUGAGACUGCUGCCUACUUUCUUUGUCUGCGGCUGUUUCUCUCCUUGGACUGCGUGUAGAAUGUGGUUCUGUAGCACCUUGCGUGAGAUAGUUGUUGGGAUCAUGGUGUCUAAUGGGGUCUUCUGCUAUGGUGAUUCCAGUACGGUUUUACAGGCUCAAGAGGAGAUUAUUGAAAUGAAAGAUGUAUUUUCAGUAAAACUGAAACGUCGUCGUUUUGCAGGGCAGAAAAAUGGUGGUACUUUGUUGGGUAUCACAAUUUUUAAAUGCUUGAAUAAAGAAGGGAAUAAACUAACAGACUGUGCUGUCCAUUUAAAUAACUUAAGUGAAGAUCAUUGUCAAUCGUGGUUUAGACAUCUAAAGGAAAUUUUGAAUGGCUUUCAAAAUAGACCAAAAUCCUUAAAAGUGUUUGUUAAUCCAAGCAGCCACAAAAGAGAAGCCGCUCAUGUUUAUUAUGAACAAGUCGCACCUCUUUUUAGGCUUGCUGACAUCAAAACUGAUGUCACAGUAACUGAAUAUGAAGGACAUGCUCUCGCAGUACUUAAAGAAUGUGAACUCCAGGCAUUUGAUGGGGUAGUUUGUGUCGGUGGAGACGGAUCUGUCAGCGAAGUUGCUCACGGUCUACUCCUUAGAGCCCAGAUAGAUGCUGGAAAAGACACAGACUAUAUACCAACGCCUGUCAGAGCACCGGUUCCUCUUGGAGUAAUACCAGCAGGUACUACUAACAUUUUGGCCCACACUCUCUACGGUAUUAAGCAUGCAGUGACUGCAACGUUGCACAUUGUAAUGGGACACAUUCAACCAGUGGACGUCUGUACUUUCAGUACUCCAAGCAAGCUUUUGCGGUUUGGGUUCUCAGCUAUGUUUGGUUUUGGUGCAAGGACUCUGGCUUUGGCUGAAAAACACCGUUGGAUGCCCUCCAGUCAGCGGAAGGAUUUUGCUUUUAUCAAAACACUGGCCGAUCUCAAGCCAGAAGAAUGUGAAUUAUCGUUUCUACCUCUACAGAUUCCACAGGAAGACUCUCAUGAGGAUGACAGAAAGAAGAAAGAGAAGAUUAAAAAAAAGGGUAGCAAGGAUCAAUGGCACAAAAUUCAGGGUCACUUCCUGAAUGUGAGCAUUAUGGCAAUCCCUUGUCUGUGUUCAAUGGCACCGAGAGGCUUGGCACCUAAUACGAGGUUAAAUAAUGGAAGCAUGGCUCUUAUUCUUGUACAAAAUACUUCUCGAACAGAGUUUAUAAAACAUCUGAAAAGAUAUGCCAGCGUAAAAAAUCAGUUCAAUUUUCCCUUUGUUGAGACCUACACGGUUCAAGAAGUAAAAGUACAACCAAGGCCUAAAAAUGGGCUUGAUGCCAAAGAAAAUACGCAUUUGAAUCCUGCUUCUGCAGAAGGAAAUUACCCUUGGAAUAUAGAUGGAGACUUAAUGAAAGAAGCAUCAGAAGUUCACAUUCGGGUCCAUCCUCAACUUAUUAAUCUCUACGGAGUGGACACUGAUGACCUGGAGAGUUCCCAAGCAACGUGCAAUUGCAUAUAGAAGGGACACGCUGCAAGUUCAGUGUUAAAGAAUCCUUUUCUCACCUCUCUGC